AAUGAAAGAUCUUCCAAGAGUGUAAAUAAAUUCUGGAUGACAGUCAACGAAGAACUAAUUGAUAGCAAAAUAAAAAAUGAAGAGAACGAAUAUGAUUUAACUUUGACCACUAAUGUCAAUAAACAAAUGGGAACGUACGUAAAUGCUACCACUUCUCGUCUUACAAAACGAUUUUUAGAGUGUGCGGAAGAAAGCCCUCCAAAACGCGUGCCAAAGGAAGCAAUAAACGAUUCUCCCAAUAAUCCUUUUACUGUAUCUGGAAUACCUGGUGAGAGUAACUUGAAUGACUCUGGAACGCCCGAUGAAAGCAAUUCAGAUAAAUCCUAUUAUCCCAGUUCAGACGAAGCAGAUGAUGAUUCUUAUAUUGAAUCGAAAAAAGGGAAGGCCAAUCAUAGUUAUGAUUGGUUCACUAGACCAGGCAUUAAGAAGUCUGAAUUAAGUGAAGACGCGAAAAAGUGGUUUAUCGGCACGCUUGACGUUUCGAAUUUAUUGUUAGAAUAUCGGGAUAUGUCCAUCCAAAAGGCAUCUGAUAAUAAAAUUGAUGAGACUGCAAGUGAAGAUUUUGAAAAAUGCAAGUCGUUAUUAAGAAAAUGGCAAAAAGAACUAGUUGAUGAUCAAGAAGAUCUAAUUCUAGAAAUAUUCGAGUCAAUACAAGAAUUAAAAGAGGACACUUUUGUACACGAAGUAUUUGAACCUGUGAUUAAACCUUUUUUCCGCAACAUUAAUUUUAAAUGUGAAUGGUCAACUGACGUUCUGGAGGCAUCCGCACAUCGGAAACAUAAAUUUGACCCUUCAUUACAGGGAAGAAAAGCCGAUUUUUCAGUAUAUAUGCCUAUUAGAGGUAAUAAAUUUUAUUUGCUUGUCUCGGAAAUAAAGUCCGCCGAUUUUAUGUUAUCAAAUAAAAACAAAAUCUCUUUGGAAGACUGUGAUUUUGUGAAAUUAGGCAAUGAAAUGAAGGAUAUAUUGGAUAAAUGUAUUAAUAAUGGAGUUGAUAAUAAAAAUUUGAUUAUUUGUGGUUUAUUAGUAGAAGGCAAGCUUUCAAUGUCGGCUAUUUGUCAUGGAUUUAAAAUACGAAGCAAUAUACCGGAUGAUCCUUUUGGGAAAAUUUUAUCUUCCUCAGGAUAA